AUGUCGUCAGACACAGGUAGCGAGUUGUCGGAUGAGGACGGCAUGAUCGACCAGGAUUCCCUUUGGAGAGACGAAAACGAAGACGAACUUGUGAGGAGGCGCACUCAAAAUCUAGGCUUGACCAAGAACUACUGUCGCAGUUGGUGUCGUGCUGAUGCUUUUCGAGAAUUCUACCAGAACUGGCGGGAUGCUCUUGUUUCCACCUUCAACCUCGAUCCCCGUGCGUUCAAGCCUGUACUGAAAGAGACUCCUGGCCGUAUUGCCAUCACCGUCCACUCCGACGUCCAGGCGGGAGAUAGGAUGGCGAGUAACAAGCUUCUGGGCUACAUACUGUUCACGAAAAAGACAGGAGUACUGGAGAUGACGAACUUCAAGGCUCGGCUGGUUCCGUCAAUGCUGAACUUGGGGGGCACUGACAAGGGAGACAACGACAACCUUGCUGGCUGCCAUGGCGAGGGCUUCAAGCUUGCAGCUCUUGUCAUGUGUCGAAACGGCCAUUCUGUCGGAUACACCACAAACUCACAGUACUGGAAGUUUCGCUUUCAGGGCACUGGGCCUUCCCCUACUCUCCGCUGUCAGAUGUCUCCGGCCAAACCUGAAUCGGUGGCGAGGAAGAGAGCCGACUAUAUGCAGAAAGAACGAUCCAGUUCCUUUCGACGGGGCUUCACGUCUAAUCUCUGGCAGGACGUUAGGGUAAGAAUCGGAACGGCCAAGGGCGAGGAAGGACGGCAGAUUUCCCUCCCGGAGUUUCGUGCCUGGCUUGAAGUUGUAUUGGAAAUAGACAGUCCCAAUGCUGCCCAGAUUGUCCAGACAGGCCAUGGAGAUCUCAUUGUUGACGAACGGUUCUCAGGCCGCAUCUACCUCAAGGGCCUGCGAGUGUCCGGUCACAGUCUCGACGGGCGAAACUACGAAUUCGGCUACAACUAUAUUCGUGGAGAAAUUAACCGGGAUCGGGAUUUACUCACGAGCCGGAAUGAAGAGGCGUUGAUGCUCGCACGAAUUUGGGAGGAAGCGAUCGAUGAAAAGGGCGACGCCUUCGCUGAUCGCUAUAUCUCGCUGUUCCAGGACAAGGAAAAGGCGCCUGACAUCUGCCUCGCCGAUGACUUUGCAUUUCGGCAUACAGUGCGGACCAUGUGGGCGCGUCUGAGAUCUCUCCACCCAGAUACGUUCUUUUAUUCCGAGUCGAAGAGUCAGGAAUCAAACAUGACUACAGAUUGUGAUAUCAUCACAAAGGAUUUUAAGAAGACACCUAUGAUGCUCAACAAAGGCUUCUGGAAACUACUCGCGAAGCACGCUCUGGUGCGGUCGCCAUAUAAAGAACGUGCCCAUCGCUUCUCCGCUUCCACACCGAUCCCGGUGCCCGGUGAUAUUUUCGCUGUCAACGUUGCACGGGGGUUGCAGGGGUCAUUUCAGCUGAACCCAAAGCUGCAGAACAUCCGGAUUGAAUUCGUCCAGGCCGGAGAAACCGAGAUUGACUUGAUGUACACCGCCAACGAAAAUCGGCUGCGAAUUCACGAGAAAUGGCUCGAUUUCGAGCGCGUACACGCAACCAGCGAAUGUGAAUACUAUCAACUCACACACGAUCACUCAGUUGAGCGGCCUGUCUUUAUAUGUGACCAUGUUGUGUUGGACCUGCUCGAGAUUGCACUGGAAGAAAUCCGCGGGCCCCUGGGAAUGAGCCAGGGAGAGUGUGUAGCGCUUCGGAGCAAGGCUGAUAAACGGGUUCGACAGAUGCCGAGACUAGUGAACAUCUCGGCCUCGGACGCAGGAGACGAGCUUUGUGUCUCCUGGGUUGACAGCGAGAACACUGUCCUCUCUGAGAUGUUCAAUGCAGACAUCAUGUACCAAGUUGAACUACAUAGCAUGACAACUUGCUCAGAGAAGUGUCGCGAUAUUGUGGACCGUCAAGGUAAAGACCCCUUUGAUAUGCCGAUUCAAUGUGCUAAGAUGACGCUGAUGCAGGUGAGGUACCAGAUGGCAGCCAAGUCUGUCCCUGUCCGCGCCAGAGAGUGCCCCGGUCAAUGUCCAGAGCAAGCUUCGGCAACCUCCUGUGCACGGAGUCUUACUUCCCAAUGGUGUCGCGAGUAG